UCUAUUAUUCCUCAUCUCCCCUGCCUCACUGCCUCCCACCAAACUGUCCACCCCCAUCCCCCUACUGGUACUACGGAGCUAGAGAGUGAGAAAGUACAGUAGAGAAGAAGGAAGAGCGUCGGUACUAGUAGCGGAGAGAGAGCACCCUCAAUGGCUUCUCUCCUGCUCCCUCUACUCUUCGCCUUCAUGGUCUCGUUGGUUGCGGGCGAGGGGCACAACAUAACGGCGAUCUUGGAUGGGUUCCCGGAGUACUCGCUGUACAACAGCUACCUGAGCCAGACGAAGGUGUGCGACGAGAUCAACUCCCGGGAGACGGUAACAUGCCUUGUCCUCCCCAACGCCGCCAUGUCCGCCCUCGCGGCCAAGCAGUCCCUGGCCGGCAUCAAGAACGCCCUUCGGCUCCUCACCCUCCUCGACUACUUCGACCCCCAGAAGCUCCACGACCUACCCCACGGCUCCGCCCUCACUACCACCCUCUACCAGACCACCGGCAACGCCCUCGGCAACUCGGGCUUCGUCAACAUCACCAACCUCCGCGGCGGCCGCGUCGCCUUCGCCGCCGCCGCCCCCGGCUCCAAGCUCGACUCUUCCUAUACGAAAUCCGUCCGCGAGGUUCCCUACAACCUCUCCGUCCUCGAGAUCUCUGCCCCCAUCGUCUACCCGGGCCUCCUCGACGCCCCCUCGGCCGCCUCCUCCAACCUCACCGCCCUCCUCGAGAAGGCUGGCUGCAAGACCUUUGCCUCCCUCGUCGUCUCCUCCGGCGUCCUCAAGAUCUUCCAGUCCGCCAUGGAGAAAGGCCUCACCCUCUUCGCCCCCAACGACGAGGCUUUUAAAGCCCCCGGCGUCCCCGAUCUCAGCUCCCUCUCCAGCGCCGAGCUCGUCACCCUCCUCCAGUACCACGCCCUCCCCACCUACGCCCCCAAAGACUCCCUCAAGAUCGCUAAGGGCCGGAUCACCACCAUGGCAUCCAGCGGCGCCGGCAAGUACGACCUCUCCGUCGUCUCCCGCGGCGACGACGUCUCCCUCGACACCGGCGUCGACACAUCCCGCGUCGCCAGCACAAUCCUCGACGACACCCCCGUCUGCGUCCUCACCGUAGACAACCUCCUCCUCCCUUCCGAGCUCUUCCGUGGCGCGCCGGCGCCAGCACCGGGGCCCAUGGCGCUGACGCCGUCCCCUUCCCCCGCCCCAGCCAAGGAGGCCCCCGCGCCGGCCCGGAAGGCCAAGGCGCCCUCGCCGAUGCCACUGUCCCCGCCGGCACCGCCGACGUCUGCACCGGGGGAGUCGCCUGCGGGAUCUCCGGAGUCGGCCGCGGACAAGGCGGCGGACGAGAAGUCUGCUGCGGCGAUGCCACUUAAAACCCUAGCGGCGGCGGUCUCCGCGUUGUUGGCGCUGACUCCCUUCUUGUGAGCAACUUAUAUCAUUUGAUUUGAGUCUUAGUGGAUUUGAGUGAAGGACCGUUGCAUCCGUUCGACGCCGCUUUCUUUCUUUGUUUUCUCUCUGGUUAGUUGAUUUGUUUUUUUUGUUAGUUGAGACAUGAUGGUGAUGCUGGUUUUGUUUCGGACUUGGUAUGGCGCAUGGAUUUGUUCUCUUUUUAUUUGUCUUCUUUUUUUUUGGUUUCUUAUUCUGGGAGCUAUCCAAGUUCGUGGCUAGCUGAAAGAAACCAUUUCUGCUUCUAGUUCUUGUCACUGUUCUCUUUACCACGGUUUCCAUGGAGAUGUGGAAGAAGCGAACGGCUGUAUGAUUAUUAUGCUUUUCCUUAUUAUUUUUCUUUUUUGGAAACAAAAGAGACAUCCAGUGGAGUGUAAAUUUUUUAAUUUUGUUUUAGAUGAUCUUUUUUUUU